AUGCAGCUUGUCACGAUCGGCCUAUUGGCCCUCGUCUUGGUGGCGGCAGCGGUGCUGCACUUCAUCAAAGCCUUCCGCGACAUCAACGGCCCGCAGCACCCGCCGGGCCCGACCCAGAUCCCCUACAUCGGACGGAUACACGACUUGCCCAUCCAGCACAUGUGGCUUAAGUUCAAAGAGUGGGCAGACAAGCACGGGUCAGCGGGCUUCUUCCGAACCGAGAUGCUGGGGGCCAAUUUCAUCAUCAUCACGGACGAGAAGGUGGCCGAGGACCUGCUGGUAAAGCGCGCCAAGUACAACUCGGACCGGCCCGUCAUCCGCUCGCUUUUUGACUCCAAGAGCAGCGAGGGCUCGAUGGAGUACCUCCCGCUGAUGGGCAAGAACCAAUACUGGUCCCGGCAGCGCCGGCUCACCCACGCGUACAUCACCGAGGCGACCAACACGCGGUACAACGGCGUCAUGUACCACGAGGCCAAGCGGUGGAUGGCGCGGCUGAUCGAGAACCCCGACAACUUCCAGGCGUCGCUCGAGGACAUGGCGUCCAAGGUCAUGUGCCAGCUGACGUGGGACGACCCGAGCGUCAGCGAGUACUGCACCAAGAGCGCGUGGGGGCUGCUAACGCAGAUGUCGCCGGCGGGGCCCAUUACCAACGUGCUCACGCCGCUGUGGCACCUGCCGUGGCACCUCAACCCGUGGAAGCGCGCCGAGCGCAAGCGCCACGACGAGCAGCAGGCGUGGUGGAUGAACCAGCUCCUAACCGUCCGCGAGCGCUUAGGCGAGGGCGAGAUGCGGCCGUGCUUCACGCGGCAGUUCCUCGAGAAGACGUCGCUCAAGACGUCCAUCUCGGGCGACUACGAGGCGUCGUCGGUGCUCGGCAUGCUCGCGCUCGUCGGCAUCUUCACCGUCGCCGGCCCGCUGUCGUACUGGCUCGUAUCCAUGGUCCACCACCCCGAGUGGCAGGCCACCGUGCAGCGCGAGAUCGACGACGUGUGCGGCGGUCGCAUGCCCACCCUCGAGGACUCCCCCAAGCUGCCCGUCCUGCGCGCGUGUAUCAAGGAGACGAUGCGCUGGAAGCCCAACGUGCCCACUGGCGUCGCCCACGAGACCGAGGCCGAUGACGUGUACAACGGCUACUUCAUCCCCAAGGGGACCCGCAUCCUGCCUCUGGACUGGGCCUUCCUCCGCAACCCCGAGAAAUACCCCGACCCGGACAACUUCCGGCCCGAGCGCUGGCUGGAGCCAGGGUGGCCGACCUACCAGGCGCCCCUGACGCAAUUCCCCACCAUCAAAGGCAUGACGUCCUUCGGCUGGGGCCAGCGGCAGUGCCUGGGCAUGUCGCUCACACAGGACGAGCUGCUCAUCGCCUGCGGCACGCUCGCGUGGACCUUCACGCUCAAGCGCAAGCUGCGCGACGCGUCGGCGGGGCCGGCCGGCGGGUUCCUGCCGGUGCCGCUCGACAAGUCCAACUCGCUGCUGAUCAUCAAGCCGGACCCGUUCGAGAUGGCCUUCGAGCCGCGCAGCGACGCCCGCCGCGCCGACGCCCUGCGCCUGUGGGCCGACGCCGACGCCGAGGACGCCGCGGAGCGCGAGGCGUUUGUGCGCGCGGCGAGGCGUGGCAAGCAGCCCGUCGUCGAGCAGAAGCUGCCGUCGCCCGGCGUGCCGAUUUCCGGUGAAUUCCUAUUCUGGGUUUUGAGCCCUGAUGGGCGGUGGUAA